AUGGAUUCAUCAUGGCUGCAAAAGCCGACGAAAGACACAGAGAAGACUGAGACUGAGGCACGAGCAACUCCAUUUGCCAAUACACGGAAGCUGUUUGCUGUAGAUGCGUCAGGCUCCACCAGUGGGGCCCCAAUGGAAGCCGAAAAGCACUUUGUCCUUGGCCUUAGCAACCUCAAGGAGGAUGUCGUAUGCAAGUGGGGUCACAGCUGCAACAUUCCCCAGACUAUCGACUCUGUACCCUCAAGUUAUUUCAAUGGCUGGGAUGGAACAGCGCCGGCUUGUAUCCUACAACAGCCUGCAGCUGUUGACGCGAUUCAGGCAUCUGAUUUCUGGGUGCUGCUCACUGAUGGAGAGAUUGCAGCUCGGGACGUCGAACAACUCACGGUCCUAGCAGAACAGCAGAAUAUCACCCAGAUUCCGGUCAUCCUGUUGAUCGUUGGCCCACGCCGGUCUGAGCCAAGAAGUGAGAGCAUAUCGGUCGGUAUCUCAUUCUUUGCUGGCGCCCGUGACGCUAUGAUUCUUUACAAGGACAUUUACAAGAAGACAAUCUACCUGAUUGAUGCCAAGGGUGCUUUUCAAUCUCUCAAGGGAGCGACAGACAGUGACUUGACAGAUUGGAACAAGCUUCCAGCGUUCAAAAGCGAGCAAGCUCUCAAAGAUGAACUCAUUGCACAUAAUAUUUCGUUUGAGGCGGAUCGUAGCCAAAGACAGCAGCAAGGAAUCUCACUUGGCCCAGAGUGGGACGCCGCAACGGAUCAUGCGAUAGUCAAAAUCGCAGACCUUCUUGACCAGGCUCAUAUUAGCAUCGAAAAUUUACGAACUCUGCUUCAAGAGGAAGCGACCAACCAGCUAGCGUUAGCCUGUAAGAUUAGGGGGCGCCUGAAUGACCUGCGUAAUCUGUUCAUUCGACACAAACAGCAGGAGGUUGUCGUCCGCCUAGAGGACCGCCAUGGCGCCGGUGAAAUCAUGAGAAAGCUGCAUGGGGCGCCGGAUCCUAUACAGCGAGCUCCUUUGGAGGACGAGUUGAGAAAGGCGCAUACUUUCAAUCGAGCCACGUAUCAGCAGCUACGAGACUCCCCGAAUGAAGACGCAAAGCGUGCAACAGAAAUCAAUCGGCUCAUCGACCGGGCUCUGCGCAUCAUUUCGGGCUUUGAAAAGGCUUCCUACACCGCUGAUAUUUUGGAUCGUAAAAGUAACCGAGCUCGGCGGGCUGAGGUCGUCUCGACUGCUGAUACAGACGUCAAGCUUGCGGCUUUGGAUCUGGGAGGGGAUGUCCAGGCUUUCCGCGGCGACUGUCUGAUAUGUUGUGGAGACGAUGAGAUCAUGUCCGUUGCCUUGAAGAAGCUUGAUACGGUUGAAGAAAAUACGAGCGACUUCGCUCUGAACUUUCCACUCGCUGCAGCUCAAUCAAAGCGAAACACAAGCAUUGUCUCCGCCCAGGCCAUUUGUUUUCAAUGCGCACUUCUGCUGGAACGAUCGAUAUACCAAGAGGAUAUCAUUUCAGUGAUUCCUACCCUUCACUACGACGGUGCAAACAGAGCUUACAUCAACCAUCAGCUCUAUCUUGCCUUGACAGCGGGACUUGCGACUGGUGUUUCAGGCGUAGUGCAAUUGUUUCUAGGGAUCCUCGACGCAACCCUAGAGACCAAGACUUGGUGUGCGAAAGGCUCAUCCUCAGACCCGGAAGCUCUGGCUCGAAGAGAGACGCUUGAAUGGCUUCUAAAGGACAUGCUAAAGAACUGUUCAUGUCGAGAGACCUUUUCAGAGACAGGUCAAUGGGUGAAAUAUCCCAAAGCAUUGAAGUGGGCCGCUGAGGAGUUCAGAGAAGCAAAGUUCGACAGCUGGAUCAUUCAAUACCCUAUCGCUGGCUUCACCCAAAUGAUGCGUUGGUUUGAAAUACUUGACUUGAGCGUCGAUGGCGAGCUCUUGACCGCAAUCCGUCAUGCGAAGCUCAUGCAUUUCAUCAUCAGCCAGAUCAUGUCCCAUCUACUAAAGUCCGACGCCGACGAGAGAAAAUGGACCCAACCAUUCCUCGCACUACUCUAUCAAUCCUUCAAUGCGCCCACCGUACCAACAGACCUCGGCCAGAACUCGAUCGUCGCCGCGCCAGAUUUCUGGCAAAGGCUCCCCGCCGCUCUGCCCGACUGGUCAGACGUCAAAAGCUUCUUGGGUCUCUACAACUCCGGGUGCGACGACCACGUCGUCAAUCGUAUCCAACUAAUAACAUUCUACGCCCUAUUCACCCAGAAAGCCCACACAACACCGAAGACAUUCUUCCGCAUCACCGCACCAAAGGAGCCUUUAGCACACGCAGCUCUCGACACCACAACCCCCAAUCUCCCCUCCGCCGCCGUGGCCUCCGUCCUCCUCUCAAUCUUCACCCAAGAGAAGCGGUCCGACCCAGCCUUCAUCCUGCACGACGAGGGCGCCAUGGUCCCCUUCACAGAGAAAGCGAACGCGCUCCGCGAGCGCCGCGCAAAACACCUCACUGACGUUUUUAGAGCGAAUAAGGAUUUCGUCAGUCAGACGGGUCUGCCGGAGAACACGAUCGCGCCAAGUCCGCCGACGAGUUCUCAUAAUAAUCUGCAUAUCAGCACGGCGAGGGCGUGGGCGAGACUGGAUGCGCGGCAGCGGGGGAUGAUUAUUGUAGCCGUUGACCGGGCUGAUGGAGGAGGGGAUGGGGGGGAUGGGGGGGAUGGGGGUGGCAAAGAGCGCGAGGCGUUGGAGAAUUUCGUGACAAAUGUGAUGGUGGAGAUCUGCGCUACGUCGCGCAGGGGCGAUGUUUAUGAUAGCAGGGUUGAGGGGCAUGUGCGCGCUGUGUUGCCGUCGUUCGUGGAGGCGUUGAAGAGGGCGAGUUCGAGAAAGGGGAUGGAGGAUGUGAGUGGGGUGGCGUUUGAGUUUGUUUGGACUGAUAAUACUAUUUUGUGGAAGAUGGUGUAUGAGUUGGGUCUUGAUUCGUGA